AUGUCCGCUCCCGCCCGCCCCGACCUCGACAUCGACCUUGACGACCUCGGCGGCGCCUUCCCUGCCCUCGGCGACGUCCUUCGCGACCUCGACGACGGCUUCCCUACCCUCGUCGACGUCCUCCGCGACCUCGGCGACAUCCUCCCCGCCCUCAACGACAGCUCCCUCGCCUUCGACAACGCCUUCCCGCCCUCGACAACGCCUUCGACUCCCUCGACGACCCCUUCGCCUCCCUCGCCGACACCUCCCCGGCCCGCGACGACGUCCCCCGCGACCUCCCCGACGUCCUCCCCGACCUUCGUCGACGCCUUGCCGCCCGCAAUGACAGCUCCCCGCCCUUCGUCGACGCCUCCAUCGCCCUCGACGAGCAUUAACUAA